CUCCACACAUCUGCUACAUUCACCCGUCUGGCUGUCCUUCUCCCCAGCAGCCGAAAGUUAUCAUCAGGACAACUACACUUCAGAGAGGCGUCUCUAAAGCCAGCAGCCUGCACACAGGUUCCAUAACUGCUCAAAAUGAAUCUUGAGGUGCCCAAAACUGAGAUCAAGUCGGCGACCCGAGUCACCGGCGGCCCCGCCACCCCACGCAAGGGACCACCCAAGUUUAAGCAGAGGCAGACCCGUCAGUUCAAGAGCAAGCCUCCAAAGAAGGGAAUCCAGGGCUUUGGUGAUGAUAUCCCUGGAAUGGAGGGCUUAGGCACAGAUAUCACUGUCAUUUGCCCCUGGGAGGCCUUCAAUCACCUGGAGCUCAACGAGCUGGCCAAGUAUGGUAUCAUCUGA